AUGAUGCUUAGGGUUUCCCCAUCCCGGCCGCCGCCGUGGCCAGCCAGCUCUCUGGUGCGGCCACAACCCCGCUCCCGUUCCCGUCAGGGUGGCGGCGCCGCGCGGCGGCGUCUCGCCGUCCGCUGCCGCCGCGUGCUGGGCCGCCGGCAAAGGGAAGGAGGUGCUCAGCGGGUGGUGUUCCAGCCCUUCGAGGAGAUCAAGGGGAGCUCGCGCUCGUGCCCCAGACCCCGACAAGUCGCUCGCGCGACAAAAGUUCGUCGACGACUGCGAGGCCGCCCUCAACGAACAGAUCAAUACAACGCCUCGUAUGCCUACCACUCCCUCUUUGCCUACUUCGACCGCGACAACGUGGCUCUCAAAGGAUUUGCCAAGUUCUUUAAGGAAUCGAGCGACGAGGAGAGGGAGCACGCUGAAAAGCUCAUGGAGUACCAGAACAAACGUGGAGGCAGGGUGAGGCUCCAAUCGAUUGUGACGCCCUUGACCGAAUUUGACCACCCUGAGAAAGGCGAUGCUUUGUACGCUAUGGAGCUGGCUCUGGCCCUGGAAAAGCUGGUUAAUGAGAAGCUGCACAGCCUGCAUGGUGUGGCAACAAGGUGCAAUGAUCCUCAGCUGACAGACUUCAUCGAGAGUGAGUUCCUCGAGGAGCAGGUGGAAGCCAUAAAUAAGAUCUCCAAGUAUGUCGCCCAGCUGAGGAGAGUGGGCAAGGGGCACGGGGUGUGGCACUUUGAUCAGAUGCUGCUUGAGGAAGAGGCCUAA